ACCAUCAAUGGUGGCGGAGCAUUGCAAGAUCCAACUAGAUUUUCCCUUUAUCUCUUCUCUCUUACCUUUCACGAAGGGGAAAGGAAAGCAAGGAAAGGAAUUCCCUGUCCCUUGAUUUUCCUUCCGUUUCUACUCGUGUAGAAAGAGAAUUGGAAUUUCAUUCCUUGCUGCAUAAGGAUCCAUCCGUUUCGGUUCUGACAAUCGGAAAAGGGCGGAAUUCGGUUCUCUAAAUCGAGGGCUUCCGUUAAUUCCGAAGAAGGGGUCCAGGAUCCAUGGGGAACAUCGGAAGCACUAGCAUCAACGGUGGUCGCCGGAGGCACGGGAGUCACGGGAGCCACCCGCCUCCUGCUCCGCCGCAACCUGAAAUUUCAGGCAAUCAUUACGUGUAUGCGGCCGCCAGGCCUUACCCGACGCAGUACCCUAACCCUAACCUUCCACAACCACAGUACUACCCUUACCCUGGAUACUACCGGCCUCCGCCACCGACGAUGCCAGUCCCACUUCCAGUGCCCUAUGAUCUCCAUCACCCCAAUUGGGCGCAGUACACGUGUGGGCCAAUGAUGCGGCAGCCAGCGCCUUUCGUUGAGCAUCAGAAUGCGGUUACCAUACGUAACGGCGUUAACGUAAAGAAGGAAACUUUGAGAUUGGAGCCGGAUAAGGAGAAUCCGGGCAAGUUCUUGGUUACUUUCACGUUUGAUGCUACUACUGCUGGGAGCAUCACUGUUAUUUUCUUUGCAAAAGAAGGCAAUGAGUGUAACCUUACUCCAAUGAAGGUAAAUUAUUUAACACCAGUGACAAUGCAUUUUGAGCAAGGCCUUGGCCAGAAGUUCAGACAGCCCUCUGGAACAGGGAUUGACUUCUCCAUGUUUGAGGAGUCAGAGCUACUGAAAGAGGGUGGUGAAGUGGAUAUUUAUCCUCUAGCAGUUAAGGCAGAGGCAUCCCCUGUCAACCAUAGUUCAGAAGGGAACCCAGUAACAGGAGCCACAAAUUCUCAGAUAACUCUGGCUGUGUUUGAGAAGGAGAAAGGUGAAUACCAGCUGAAAGUAGUGAAACAGAUUCUCUGGGUACAUGGGACGAGGUAUGAGCUCCAGGAAAUUUAUGGAAUUGGGAAUUCCGUUGAUCAUGAUGGUGAUUAUGAUGUUGAUGCUAAUGAUCCGGGGAAAGAAUGUGUUAUUUGCCUUUCAGAACCACGGGAUACAACUGUCCUUCCCUGCAGGCACAUGUGUAUGUGCAGUGGCUGUGCAAAGGUCCUGAGGUUCCAGACCAAUCGAUGCCCAAUUUGCAGACAGCUAGUUGAAGGGCUUUUGGAGAUAAAGGUGAACAAUGGCACUGAUGAAUGAAAAGAUGACAUGUUCUUGUCACUAGCUUGCUUGCUGUAUAGUAGUUUGCUGUCUUUCUUUUGAGGAAAGGUGCAAAUAAAAAUACUAACUUUGU